CUGUCGGUUGUUAUAACGCUACACUACAUUCUCUGCGGCUUUACUUGUUAAAUCACUGAGCAUACCACACAGAAAGUCAACCCACAUAUGGAUUACGACUGCUGAAUAUUCUUUGUUGUUGUUGUUUUUUCAUCUCAUUUUGUAAAUAAUGACGCAACUGGUUACCCGUAGAAAAUUUCAGCUUACAUUCACAUUACUCUUCGUAUUCUAUCAAUUUCCAGAAUGUAUUGCUACAAAAUGUCCAGAGAACUGGUUUGGAUCGAGAUGCCAGUACAAAUGCCAUUGCAGGGGAAAUAAUUGUACUAGUGAAGGAUUAUGUCCAUUGGGCUGUCAUGAGGAUUGGUUCGGUCCUGAGUGCCAGUAUGUCAAUGUGGCCGACGGGAUAUCUGAAGCGGAUGAUCAAGGCUGUAACAGAGUUGAAACAAUCCACUCAAAACUGGAAGUACGUUUCCGUUUAGAAACAAAUUUCACCUGGAUGAGGCUUCGAUUCAAAGAGAAUAUAAAGACAGUCAACUUUCAGCUGCUAACGAUGAAUGAUAUUUGGACACCUUGUAGCAGUUCUGACAUCCUCCAAAUUGAUGACGCAACUUUGGACAUUUUCUGUCAGGACACAACUCAUAUUUCCAAACGUGUUUUCAUCGAAGUCACCGCGGCUGUCACCUUGUGUUCAAUAUAUGUCAGUGGAGGUCGUAACGUCGCUCUGAAAGCUUCCACGGAACAAUCACCGAUUUUUUCCAAUGGUACAUACGACGAGUCUUUUGCAAGAUCAGAGAACUCUGUUGACGGAAACACGUCACUGGAGUUCAAGGACAAAAGUUGUAGCCGAACCAAAGAGUCUAAACGAGCUAGAUAUGAAAUUACGUUUGAAGAACUUCACACAAUUCAUGCAUGCAGGCUUUAUGCAAAUUUCUCUACAACAUAUAGAUUGCACCUGAAAGAUGCUAAAGGUGAAGUUUUUUCUGUAGCCUACGAGAUGAUAUUGACAGGUACUUCAAACUAUACAGCAUUUGUCCCGAAUGAACCUGCCAAAAGUGUUUUUCUUCGAAAUAACAAAUUUAUUUUUAUCUGUGAAAUUGAGAUUUUUGGGGAUAUCCUCUGUAACGGGAGCAAAUAUGGUCGUGAAUGUGAAAAAGACUGCUUUUGUUUCGACCAAUCAGAAAAGUGUAAGGUCAGUACAGGAGGCUGUGUGUCAGGUUGUCCUGUUGGCUACUCUGGGGAAGAGUGCAAGUCGGAAUGUCCAUCUGGUCUGUAUGGUCAGAGUUGCAAACUAGUCUGCAGUGUAAAUUGUGUAGGAAUUAAAAACUGUAAUCACAUCAAUGGCUCAUGUCUGGAAGGAUGUCGAGACGGCUACAUGGGACAUAACUGCACAGAGAAGUGCCCAUCUGGUUAUUAUGGUUCACAAUGCCAAGAAAGAUGCAGCCUCAAUUGCCUAGGAAAUGAAAAAUGUCACCAUAUAAAUGGCUCAUGUCUGGAAGGCUGUAAAGACGGAUUCAAGGGACAUAACUGUACUGAAAUUCAUGUCGACAAGGGUCACUAUGGUCAGAGUUUCCAACACUUCUGCAGUGUAAAUUGUGCAGGAACUAAAAAUUGUAAUCACAUCACUGGCUCAUGUUUGGAAGGAUGUCAAGACGGUUACAUGGGACAUAACUGCACAGAGAGUAAGUUUGUAUUUGUACUGAGAUUGACUUGUAUUUGAUUCUUACGAUUUUAUUUUGUUUUAUUAAGCGAAUGUAUAAAUAUACUACCUUUUAUAAUAUUCCAAUGAUCUGCUUUAAGAUCUAGACUUAGAUGACGGUUCGCAAAAUAUUCUAUACUAUUAAUUUAUUAAACUCUUUACUCUUUAACGACUAAGGCCUACAUGCGGAAAUACCAGAAGAGGUGUAGUCUGUUGAACAUAGUCAACAUGUAGUUCUCUAGUUCUCUAGUUCUCUAUUUUUUUUCAUUAUACCGGUCAAACUAGAGUUUACCCAGUUUGGCCAACGAGCUUUUUUUUUUAAACCUAUACACAAGUGUCACAUUUCUAGGAAAAUCGUUAAAACUGUUUUCUUGAAACGUUUCAAAACAAUGAGGUUCCUGGUUCUGCCCACUCCGAAUUUGUGACUUCAAAAUAGUAAAAACAAUCUUUUUCUUUACCUGUUUUUGUAAACGAAGCUUUAGGCUUAUGUCGUUCAUAAAAAAAGGGGGCUAAUUUUUAUCCUCUUGAAAAUGUAAAAAAUAAUGGCUCAAAGAAAAUUUAAAAGAAUCUGUUUAUCAAUAGCUUGGAUCUUAUGUGGUGAUAAUAUACAAUGAAGUUGGAAAGGGAUACGAGUUGUUUUGAAACUUCAAUGACAGGAAAUGAUGAAUUUCCUGGUUUCAAGACUAGACAAACACAUCAACAAAACCCCUUUUAAAAUGCUGCAUUGAAAUGUUGUUUUUUUUUAUUUGUAAUAUUACGGACCGGCAAUUAAGAACCUUGUGAACCAAGGGGACCUCGUGAGUAGUUGUCUCUUUUUGACAAUAUCCAGCAGGCCAUCGUGGGUCCCAAUGUCUUUGUGAUCUUGUUUUGAAUCUACUCUUUUGUGAUGCAGUAUAUCAACUUUGCAUGUGAUAAAUGGGAUCCUUCUGUAGCUUCUCAAUUCCAUUGCAAGGAUCCUCCUCUGUAGUUCUGCAGUUUGCGACCAGGAUUUGCAAAGCAUACAAGAAUGUGCCCACGACCAAGAAGUGCACGGGUGUAAUGCGUUAUAUUAUCUUACACAUUACAGAGGUGUUUUUUUUUUAAAGAAUAUAACUAAGCCCUAUCGUAUCCACGUGUUAAUCUAGUCGUGAAUGCCUUUGAUUUUCCUGACUGAUUCGGGCAAGAAAGAGCAUAUGGAAUAAUAAAAUAUGCCUUUAUCUUUACUUAGUGUUUUGUGUUUGUAAUGCAUUCCUCUGGGGGCGUGGUGGCUGUGUGAUUAAGCCUUGGCUUCCGAACCUGGGGGUCCUGAGUUCAAAUUUAGAUAAAGAUUCUAAUGUUGAAUUUCGGUAUUUUUCGAACGCUCAUCCAACUAUAAUGGGUAGCUGACUUAAGCAGGAGAAAGUAAAGACGGUUGGUCUGACUUGGUCGUUGUGCUGGCCACAUAACACCCUGCUUUUAACCGUUGGCCAAAUAAACAGAUGACCUUAACAUCAUCUGCCCCAUAGAUUGUAGGGUUUGAAAGGGGAAAACUUUAAUCUUUUACUUUACUUUAAUUCAUUCUCUCUAGGUAAAUGUAAUUUCCAUCACCGCUUAUUCUGCUAUAUCUAAGUUAAUUCGUGCUUUCUCCUCAAUAAAAAAAUAUUUUCAUCUGUUAAUUAAUGUGUAAUUAAAAGCAUUUCUUUUACAAAUGUUAAAUGAAACCCUUGUCGACAUGAACUGAACCCUACUACACUUAAAAAAAAACACAUCUUAUGCUUCCCUUGUGCUUUGAUAAAUUUGACCUACCAAAUCUAAUUAAAUGGUUUCAUUUGUCUUACUUUAAUACCCUUCUGUAAAUGUAAACUUUUAGAUUCACUCUUGUGCAAAACAACCUCUGUAAUGUGGUAGAUCAUGGAACUAUACUAAUGGAACAUCAGCUUUGAGUUUUUUUAUAAGCGGAAUGCCGUCGCGCAUGUUUUUUCGCGCAUCGUACCUUUUUGAGAAAUCAAUGAUGAUGCCAAAGAAGAAAUUUACUCCACGAGCCACUUGGAUCGACCUGCAUUGAGAGUAAAACUUCCUUACAUUAUAUUUGAUUAGAUUUAAAAAACUUCAUCCAUUUUCUGACUAACUGACUAACUGGUAUGAUAGAUAAAAUUUUCCUUAAAAAGGGAUCGUCCCAAAAGUUUCAUUAAAAUAAAUGUUUUCAGUACUUCCAUAUUUUGGUAUUUUAUACAGAUACAGAUUUUUUUAAUGAACAUGUCAUCCUUAUCAUUUGUCCAGUGUAACCAAAUCAGCCACUUUCCCGGUCAGUUGUUGUUCUUAACAGAAUGUCAAUAGAGAGGCCGGUCCUUUCUUUUCCAUUGUCUAGCCAGUUUUCUUUGGACAACCUUUUUUUUUUCGUGCUUCCUCCACUGUAGAUCUGUAUCCUGAAGGAUGAUUUUUGGCAGCUAGGGUUACAAAAUACUAUAUGACCGAUCCGACCCAGUUUUCGUCUCUUCACAGUAUUGAGGACUUCCUCCCUGGUCAUGCAUGUUAACCAAUGACCUAAAUUCUGCCAAGUCAUUGGUUUUCCUGGCUUGGUCGGGCAACCCUUUCCAUGUGGUCUACUAGGGUAGAUAUCUUAUAUCUAGAUAGUAUAUAGAUCUAUAUACGUUGUGAUAUAGAUAUAUGUCUGGACCUUAUAGUAACUAUGGUUUAGUAAAGACAAAUUGAGUAAAAAAAAAUUAGAUCUUAAUAUAGGCCUAUUUAGACUAUUUUAGAUCUACUCUACAUCUAGAUGAUACUGACAGUGAUAAUCAUGAUCCCCAAAGCGCGAUUUAUGAUUAGAUCUCAUCUAAUCGCUGGUGGAACUUAAACUUGAAUGUUUAUUUUGUAUGUUUCUAACUUGCAUGUCAAUUUAUUCAAUUAUGAUGUAGAUCUAGCUCAAUGGACAUCAUUAACCAUUCGUAAACAAACACCAUUUAGCCACGUGAUUCUCUAUCUCUUCAAUAAAAAUUACGUAAUACACAAUGGCUAUCACGUGAAACGUUUUUUUUUCGUUGUUUUAUCAAUAUUAUCACGUGGCUUUUCUCAAAAGCUGGAGUACUUACAUUUGAAAACUAUCUUUUCCAUGAAAACUAAAUCAUAAUAUAUGUUAUAGUUGCUUUAAGAUUAGUGCAACGUAAAUCAAAUCAACUUAAUAUCUGCUUUCAUCUAUAGUAAUAAUUCAUAAUUGAGGCCCACGGCCAUACCAGUGUAUACACAUUAACUCAGUCGCUCAUUUUAGGUACAGAUUAUUUUUAGAACGGCAAAAUUAUAUAAUUAUACUUAAUAACAUAUAUAUUUAGAAUAAUCAACACAUAAAUCGCAGAUAUUUAAAAAAUUCAUUUUGCAUCCCUUUUUUUUUUUAUUACCUAGAUAACUAGCUGUUACAAGAAAGAUGAAAUUCUUGGACUCCUGCAUCGCAUCGCUAUGAAAAUCCCUUAUGUUGCAAAAUAAAGCUGAAAAGCCAGUGUUGUCUCUUUGAAACCUAAGCUUAUUUUCUUG